AUGCACGAACAAGAAUUUGUAUCUCAUGAUAAAGGAUUAGGUAUAGGUGAUAAUUAUCAUGAAUGGAAUUUAUUACGAGAAGAUAUUAGUCUACCAGCGGCGUGUUUAUCUUCUGAAAAUGUUGAACAUAAUCUUCGUUGGAUGCAAGAGUUUAUUAAAAAGUACAAUGUUAAAUUAGCACCACAUGGUAAAACAACCAUGUGUCCAAAACUUUUUCAUCAACAGCUUAGUUACGGUUCUUGGGCAAUAACAUUAGCUACUGUACAACAAGUUCAAAUAGCUUAUUCAGCCGGUAUACGACGCAUAUUAAUGGCAAAUCAAUUGGUUGGUAAAACAAAUAUGGCUAUAAUCAAAAAAUUACUUGGCGACGAUCCUGAUUUUGAUUUUUAUUGUUUAAUUGAUUCGUCGACUAAUGUUGAACAACUUGGAGAAUUUUUUAAUAAUAACAAACAAACAAAAUUACAAGUUCUUCUAGAAAUCGGCGUUCGCAAUGGUCGAACAGGAGUACGAACAGAAGAAGAGGAAACAAUUAUUUUAAAUACUCUUACACAAUAUAAAGAUUCUUUAGCUCUUGUUGGUGUUGAAUUAUUUGAAGGUGUACUACACGAAGAAGAACCUAUUCGAGUCAUGCUCCAACGAACGGUUGCUAGUUUACAACGUCUAAUAAAUUCAAAUCAACUUGCUCGUUCGCCACCGAUAUUAUCAGGUGCUGGUUCGGCUUGGUAUGAUAUUGUUGCAGAAGAAUUUUCUAAAAUGGGUACUACAGCCGAUAUUAUUCUUAGAUCCGGAUGUUACAUAACACAUGAUCGUGGUGUUUAUCAACUUGCACAAAAACGUAUGCUUGAACAGAAUGCAAUCGUUCAAGAAAUUAGUAAAGAUAAUACACUACGGCCUGCUCUUCAAAUAUGGGCUUAUGUUCAAUCAAUACCUGAAACAAAUCGUGCCAUUAUUGGUUUGGGUAAACGUGAUGUAGCAUUUGAUGCUGGCUUUCCUCUACCUGUUCUUCAUUAUCGUUCCGAAUGGUCUAAACCUAUCGAAAUAGAUCAUAAUAACUAUAAAAUAAUACUUAUGAUGGAUCAGCAUGCAAUUAUGACUUGUCCAUCUGAUCACAAUCUUAUUGUUGGUGAUAUCCUUGUAUUUGAUAUAUCACAUCCGUGUUUAACAUUUGAUAAAUGGAAAAAAAUAUUACUUAUUAAUAAUAAUUAUUCGGUUAUUGACGUUCUUGAUACAUAUUUUUAA